UAAACAGAUACUACGUCAACGAAAACAGAAGAAUGGCACCAGUAGAUCCAUUUACUGCUUAUAUUGCAGUGGUUGCUGUUAUAGUUAUAGCGCUCGUCAUCAUAUCUUUCUUUGUAAAGUCGAAGAAAAAAGAGAAGAAAAAUGAACGGCAGGAUCAAAGGCCAGUUGCUGCUCGAAGAGGGGCUAAUAAUGCUCCAGCAGGGGUGGUUCGUCGUCGAGCGCCAAGACGUGGGAGAAUGCAGCAACAACGCUAUGAUGACUCUGAUGCUGGGAGUGAUACAUCUGAUAUUGAUGUAGAUGGAGAAGAUGGUACAUUUCAAUUUGAAGAUGUUAGACCUGCUGGUAAAGGCAAGAAAUGGGAGGCUAAACAACAGGCAAAAGCAGAGAGGAAAGAACAAAGGCUUCUGAUGGAAGAAGAGAGAGAGGAGAAGAAGAAGAGAGAACAGCUGCUAGAAAAACAGAGAAAGGAGCAAGAAGAAAAAGAAAAGGCUGAAAACAAAAUCAAGGAGGAAGAGGAAAGGCUGAGGAAGGAAGAAGAAGAAAAAAGAGAGCAUGAGGAGUACCUGAAGUUAAAGGAGAGUUUUAUUGUUGAAGAUGAAGGAGAAGCAGACCAAGAGGCUGACCUCAGUUCACAAUCUCUACUACAGGAGUUUAUAGAUCACAUCAAGACUUCAAAAGUGGUAAUGCUUGAAGAUUUGGCAUCACAUUUCAAAAUAAGGACACAGGAUGCUAUUGACCGUGUCCAAGACUUGGUGGCAGAGGGACGUCUCACCGGUGUGAUUGAUGACCGUGGCAAAUUUAUUUAUAUCACAGUAGAGGAGCUACAGACAAUAGCCAAACACAUAAAACAGCAUGGUCGCAUAUCAAUCAUAGAGCUGGCCGAGUCCAGUAAUAGAUUGAUCAAUUUAAACCCUGAUACCACCUCCCUAUCCAGCUCACAGGCUGCAGAAGUAUCAGCGUGACAUUCACGAGUCUCUCUGAUGUUGGAGUCAACCAUUGUGAUAUGAUAUGGCUAACCUGCUAAUGGUUAUGUUUUGACAACAUUUCUUAAGAUUUCCACACACCGAAAAUGAAAUCUGGAGGCUCUGCCAAUACUGAUAAAAUUACAGUAUGUAUUAGUACAGACCAGAAAAAAUUGAGUUUUUCGACUAGUUUGUCUGUCAUUGUAAGCAGAUCAGUGGUCUAUCUUAAAAUGUUCCAUGAUUUGAAUUGUUCAGGAACAGGAUAAGGGAUGUUGCAGAUUUGUAUUAAUAGAUCCUCUAUCAUGUAGAAUCUGCAAGUAUUAAAUGUUCAGAAAAUUAAAAUUUUGAUAAAUAAAUUGAUCAUAAGUUUCCAUUUCUGGUACAUGUACCAUAUUUCUGUGAUUUCAGUAUACAUAGGUUAUUGUUACAUUGCUCCUGAAGAUAUUACCAGGUAUGUCUGGAGUUACACUUUGGUUUGUACAUGUGAAAAAGGAUGAUAUAUGGAUGGAGGGUAUGUGUGACAUGGUGUAAAUUCUUAAAACAUAUGGAAUGGAUUAAUUUAAUUACAACUUUAAGUUUUAUAUAUAAAGGGUGAUCCAACACUCCCCAUGUGGAACUUUGCGGUAGCAUCCUCAGGUGGAUCUGUAUAGGGUUCAAUAGAGUUCCUUAACAAGAAAACACAAUAUAGUAAAAAGGAAACUCAACACUACAAGAUACGUUUAAAUCAACACUACAAGAUAUGUUUAAAUCAACACUACAAGAUAUGUUUAAAUCAACACUACAAGAUGUUUAAAUCAACACUACAAGAUAUGUUUAAAUCAACACUACAAGAUAUGUUUAAAUCAACACUACAAGAUGUUUAAAUCAACACUACAAGAUAUGUUUAAAUCAACACUACAAGGUAUGUUUAAAUCAACACUACAAGAUAUGUUUAAAUCAACACUCCAAGAUGUUUAAAUCAACACUACAAGAUAUGUUUAAAUCAACACUACAAGAUAUGUUUAAAUCAACACUACAAGGUAUGUUUAAAUCAACACUACAAGGUAUGUUUAAAUCAACACUACAAGAUAUGUUUAAAUCAACACUACAAGGUAUGUUUAAAUCUACACUACAAGGUAUGUUUAAAUCAACACUACAAGAUAUGUUUAAAUCAACACUACAAGAUAUGUUUAAAUCAACACUACAAGGUAUGUUUAAAUCAGCACUACAAGAUGUUUAAAUCAACACUACAAGGACAUCCUAAAAGUGUUGUUUCCUUUUUGCUUUAUUAUGUCAACUUUAAGUUUUUAUCUUUAAAAUAAGUUUGUUAUGAGUUGAAGUAAAUGAAUAAAAUAAUCAUCAAUUCUUUGA